AUGGUAGAUACGACAAAUACGUCGGGCAUCACUUCUGCAUCUCUCAAAGACACGCUGAUUGCCAAGCUAGACGCUCAACAUGUGGAAAUCGAAGAUAUGUCUGGAGGCUGCGGCCAAGCCUUCCAGGCAAUUAUAGUUUCUCCGCAAUUCGAUAAGAAAAACAUGCUGGCGAGACACCGGCUUGUCAAUUCCGUGCUCAAGGCGGAAAUUGCGGCUAUCCAUGCCUGGACACCCAAAUGCUAUACGCCAGAACAGUGGGAGAAUGUACAGAAGGGGCAAUCCUAG